CUGGCAUUUGCGCAAGGUCUCCCACAACGCCCACAGUUAUGAUAUAACGUACGAUCCCAGCGUCCCCAAGACACGCUUUCCAACCAUCUUAAAAUGGACGAUCUUGCUGGCCUUGACUGGUCCGCGCCGCCUAAGCAGUCCUCGAAUACACCGCCGGCCUUCGCUCCUCUCCGACAGAGCCCCACUCCUCAACUCUCCGGUCGCUCUACCCCCCUCUCUGCGCAGCAAUCGGGAGGCAAUAGAGUCUUCAAAGCGCCUUCUAAACCGGCGACACCCGCCAAUGACAGCUUCGCCGGCCUCGUCUCGUUGAACAGCGCCAAAUCCGCGUCGAACAAUCUCUCGCUCCAAGAGAGGCAGAAGCAAUUACAAGAAGAGAAACUGCGGCAAGAGGCGGAACGAAGGAAGCAAUAUGAUGCGCAUUUUGGCGUUACAGACUCGAAGGUGUGGGAUAACCUUGGGAGUGGAAAGAGCACGCCUGACCCGGCGUCGUCUGGUCUACAACGGCCCGUCGCAAAUGCUCCCGGAAUGUCAAGUCUCUCUAAGACAAUUAACAAGCCUUUUGCUGGCCUAGAUACUCAUUCCAAGCGCCCCGUACAGUCUCCGCCCGUCGAAGACGACAUCCUCGCAGCCUUCAAUUCUAGCGCGCCCGUCGACGCGUCCAGCCAUUUCCCUCCUCCUUCGGUCAAUAGCGGUCGUAGUACCCCAGCGUAUAGUACACAAGCCUCCCGAGGCCAUACGCCACUCCCGCAAUCGUCCAACAAUACUUUUGUGGACGACGAUGAUGAUCUUUUUGGUCUCAAUAAACUGGCUCAGAAGCCCGCAGCCAUUUCCCAGCCUGCGCCCGCUCCAGCUGAUGGGGACGACGAUAUUCUCGGCUUGCUAGGAAAGCCCGUAUCUGAAUUUCAGAAACGACCGGAAGUGAGACCUAUGGUUGAUCAGCCACCGCCCGAAAUCGAACGUCAACCCUCUCCUAAUACCCUCAAUACUCAUGAUCAAGCCGUUGCGGAACUGGUGGAUAUGGGCUUUCCGGUAGACAAAUCCGCAAUUGCCCUUGCCACUACGGAGUCCGGCGUGGAUGUUCAAGCUGCGGUCGGAUGGCUGUUGAACCAGGCGCACGCCGAAGCGAAGCAAAAAAAACAGGAGGACAGCCAGGAGAGGCCUCGGCGAAGCCCGGAUGAAUUUGGCGAGCGUCCUCGCCGAAGCGGUAGUAGGCCGGGUGGAAGGGAUUCGAGCACAGGAGGAGCCAAGCCCGUGUGGAUGCGUGCUGAAGACGGCCGAAGUCGUUCCGGGCAACGCAGACCGGAGGGUCACACGCAGGAAAAGGAUGUCUCGCAGUAUGCAUCCGAGAUAGGCAGUAAUUUCUUGAAAUCUGCAAACUCCUUGUGGAAGACUGGCCAAAAGAAGAUGCAGAAAGCUGUAUCGGAGCUCCAGCAGGACAGCGAUCCGAGCGUACCAAAGUGGAUGCGAAAUACACACGGCGCAGGUGAUGAGGGACGUACUCAGUCAAGCAAAUCACGGAUGAAUAGGCCUCCAGAUGUCACUGAUGAAGCCAUGAUGUUGGCGGGUGGCCGGCCUAACAAACCUCCGCGUCCAAGCCACGUCCGCCAGGAACCCGACCCGCUACCGUUGCGACAAAGGCGAGAGCAGGAGGGAAUGCGUAACAGGCCUCCCAAUCGCACGUCAUCACAAUCUCCUUCGCAUCGGCAACCGCCUCCAAGUAUAGACAAACGGCCCGCUACGAAGCUGACCCGCCAGGACGUCGAAGAACAAAGCGCUCAAGCUUAUAUCAGCCCUGCGCGACGGAAGAAAACUACACCCCAACCAGUCUUGUUCUCCGAGCAGCCCGCCUCCUCUCCAUCUACGUCGCGUCAGCCAACACCGGCGCAGUCAAACAACCCUUUCUUACGGGCAACACCACCAGCAGCUACUACCAAAACAACCCCAAAGACAAGAAGCCCGGCAGUCACCCCUCCGCCACCGAAACCGCAGGCACCCCCUCGUCAGAUACCUCCUGCAUCAUCUUCAGCUCUCAACUCCUCUGCGUCUUACCGACAAAAAGGAUCAGAAGCUUUCAAGCGUGGUGACUAUACGGCUGCACAUGCCGCAUACUCUUCCGCACUAAGCCCUCUUCCUCAAACACACCCAGUGACCAUUAUUGUGCUAUGCAAUCGUGCAGUCACAAAUAUCAAGGUCGGCGAUCCGAAGGCUGCGGUUUCCGAUGCGGAUGCUGCGCUUACUAUAAUAGGAGCGUCAAAGGGAGAGGGCGAAAAGAUUGUUCUGGGUGGUACAGAGGGUGAAAAAGAUAUGAAGGAUUUCUAUGGCAGAGCACUCAUGCGGAAAGCCGAAGCCCUGGAGCACAUGGAGAAAUGGGCUGAUGCCGGUAAAGUCUGGAGAGAAGCGGUUGAGGCGGGUGUUGGCGGGUCAAUAAGUAUCCAGGGACGAACUCGAUGCGAAAAGGCUGUCAGUGGUAAUCAGGCUGCUGCCCCCGCAGCGGCAAAACGGCCUCCUCCACGAAAACCUGCAACGCCAAAGCCAUCCGCUCUUUCAGAGCUCGGCAGUGGGCCCGCAGCAGAAUCUGAAGCAGUUAAGAAGCUGAAGGCUGCGAAUGCGGCCGCAGAGAAAGCGGAUGAUGAGAAGUUCGCCCUGGCUGACCAUGUGGAUGCGAAGCUCGUGGCCUGGAAGGGUGCAAAAGCUGACAAUCUGCGGGCGCUUCUUGGAUCACUCGAUAAGGUGUUGUGGCCAGAGGCGGGGUGGAAUAAGGUCAACAUGGGAGACUUGGUCAUGCCCAAUAAGGUCAAGAUCGUAUACAUGAAGGCCAUUGCGAAAGUACAUCCUGACAAGAUCUCUCAGACAGCCACGACCGAGCAACGCAUGAUCAGUGCUGCAGUCUUCGCUACUUUGAAUGAAGCCUGGGACAAGUUCAAGAACGAGAAUGGGUUGUAGCCGCUGGAAUGGACGGAUUGCCAUUAGUGUAGCAUUUGGAUCGUCAGCGUUUCUUAGCGAGUAUAGAUUUGCAUGAUAUGAGUUAUGAGGGAAGAUGUACAGCUGAUGGUGAAGCUGUGAAAUGAACCACACCGUGCGGCUAGAUGCGGUUAGCCCUUCGGUACCUGCAGGCUGAUCCUGGCAAUUUCCCCCGGAUCUUGGCAUUACCCAAUUUUUCAGCCUCUGCGUCGACCUCGGGAUGAUUCACACCAUCUGGC